AUGAGGAAGGAUAUUGAUGGGAGGAGAGAAAAGUACAUCUAUUAUCUAUCUGUAGUAAGAUUUAUCCAUGGGAAACUCGAGAACGACAGGAACAAGGUGCUGAAAUGGGUUGAAGAUGGACGAGCAUUUGAAGUGUGCGGAAAAGUAGGAGUUCCAGAUGCCUUGGACGGUUCUAAGAUGGUGAAGAUGAAAAGAAGAGAUCUCGAAGAUAUUUUAUUUACUUUUGGAUUCCAGAAAAGAGAGUACGUGAACUCACACAUCUACUUCCAUAGAUACUUCCGGAAGGGAGAAGAUUUCGACGAAGAUAAGAUGUAUUUCUCAUAUAUUUUUGGAUAUGAAUACACGGGAGGUUUUUUAUGUCCUGAUGCAUGGGAAAGGGGGGAUAUAGAUGUUCAAAAGUGGUACAAACACAUGUGCAAUGUCUACGAAUCUAUCGAUGAGAUGUUAAACCUCCAGAGCGAAAUCAUUAAAAAAUUAUGGGAAGAAAUUGCAAAGCUGGUGAGGGUGGGAAUUGAGAGGACUAGGAUACUCCCAGAGCCCAGAAGGUGUAUUGUUCGGGGGCCCAGAAGAGUUUGGAAGGGUGUGGAGGCGUCACAAGGAGAAAAGACAGUAGAAGAUAGCUUUGUCGAGGUGGUUGGAAGAAAGAAGAGGGAGAGGAUACAGAAAUUUGUAUAG